AGCAGGUCUGACCACAUCACGUCCCGGUGUCAGCCAUGGUGCGCUGCCAGUCCUGCCCCGGACUGUGCUCCCGCUCGUCCGCCUACACUCUCGCCCUCGGCCUGGGCUUCGUAACUCUGGGGACCAGUCGCAUCCUGCUGCUGAAAUUCUCCGCCAACGCAGAGAACAAGUAUGAUUUCCUCCCGGCGUCUGUCAAUCUACUUGCUGAGGCGAUCAAACUGAUCUUCUGUCUGAUUAUGUCACUCAGGGUCAUAGUUCGAGAGGGUCGAUCCUGCAGAGAGCUCGGCUGCUCCUCCAGCUCGUCCUUCCUCAGCUCGCUGAAGUGGGCCGUCCCUGCUUUCCUCUACUUUCUCGACAACCUCAUCAUCUUCUUCGUGAUGACCUACUUUCAGCCUGCCAUGGCAGUGUUAUUCUCCAACUUUGUGAUCCUCACCACAGCGGUGCUCUUCAGAAUAGUUUUGAAGAGGCGCCUGUCCUGGGUUCAGUGGGCGGCGUUAGUCGUCCUCUUCUUCGCCAUCGUGUCCUUGACGACGGGAUCGGGAAGCAGCCAAAGCGCCGUCGCUGUGCACGUUCUCCACAUUAACCCGCUGUCCACGCCCUCCAACUCCUGCCUGCUGUACACACAGCUGCUGGAGCAGAUGAGGAGCAGCAGUGUCAAUGACACGUGGACGUCCUCCCCGUCCGUUCAGCUCUGGAGCAACAGGAUCGCGGGGAAGCUUCAGUCUUUCGGCGUGGGUCACAUGCUGCUGCUCCUCCAGUGCAUCAUCUCCUCCAUGGCCAACAUCUACAACGAGAAGAUCUUCAAAGAGGGAGACCAGCUCACGGAGAGCAUCUUCAUCCAGAACAGUAAACUAUACGCCUUUGGUGUGGUGUUCAACGCCCUGACCCUUGGGCUCGGCAGUGAAGCACGAGGCCUCACCGUGCACUGUGGCCUCCUCCACGGACACAACCUCUACUCCCUGGGUCUGGUGCUGGUCACCGCUGCUCUGGGUUUAUCUGUGGCCUUCAUCUUGAAAUUCAGAGACAACAUGUUCCACGUGCUGACGGGACAAAUCACCACCGUCCUCGUCACCACCCUCUCCCUCUUCCUCUUCGACUUCCACCCUUCGCUCGACUUCUUCCUCCAGGCUCCCGUGGUCCUGCUGGCCAUCUUUAUCUACAACGCCAGCCGGCCCAAGGACCUGGAGUACGCCCUGCAGCAGGAAAAGCUGCGGGUCAUCAACGGAGAGGUGUUUGAGCGAUCCAGAGGGGACGGUGAAGAGCUGGAGCUGCUGACGAAGCCCAACACAGACAGCGAGUCCGAGGACGAGUCUUUGUAGCGUCGGCGACGCAAGAUGCUCCUCUUCUCUGCUGCUGACGACAAACUGCACAACACACUUGUUCUGCUGGACGUCACAGAUUCUGUCGCAGUGUUGAUGUGAGUGAACGUUCAGUCAGACGGAGAAUGUGAUUGUGUCUGUCGCACUCUGGAGGUAACUGAGGUUUUAGUAUUUUGAAAUGUGCCUGUCAGUUUGUGGCUGCUGUUAUUUGUACAGUGAGGAACACCAGCAUCGUGUAUCUGCUGGAAACUGGGAUCAUUGAGAGCUUCUGUUGUUCAGCUUGAUCUCCUCCAAGGAUUCCUGUCUUUUCCUACGUUGACCUCUUCUAUCUGAUCCACAAUCAGUUUGAACACAGCAGACCCAAAGCACAAGAGACUUCUUUCACUCAGCCUUGAACUUUUUUUUUUUU